CUUGGACUGCAGCAGAGAAACCGCUGCAUCGAAGAAGACAAGAAAAAAUCUUCGGCGCGAUGCUUUCUAUCUCUGCUGCUGUGUAGAGAGGGGGGGACAAGGGAGCGGGCGACUCAUCGAGCUCGGUACGAUGCAUCUGCUCCUCUCUAUGAUGCUGCUAGUCUCUUCUGCUGAGCGCUGACAGGACUGAGGAUCUUUCCAGUUUGAGAUCAACUGUCUCUAUUUCAGCACUGUCUGCCUACUCCCAUCCAAUGGAAUUAGACAUCAUUACUUAAUUAUUAGUGUCCUGGCAGCUGACUGGCUUUUCAGCACUAAUAUACUGCCUUAAGUCUUGCUCUGUCUGGGGAUAGAAGACCAGAAAGGAAAAAAAAAAUAGGCACUUUACAUUUGUAGCACCUGGUGGAAUAAAAGCACAUUAAAUUUGAAUUAAAAGACUUUUAGUGCCAGAUAUCCUUGUGCCAAGAUGGACGAAACACAUAACAACAGGACUUCCUUGGCGAAAGGUGCCAAGGACAUCGCUAAGGAAGCCAAGAGGCAUGCUGCCAAAAAUUUCAACAAAGUUGCUGAUCGUGCCUCAGAUGAAUACUCAACUCAUCGCAGCUACAACCGCUUCCAGAAUGAGGACGAAGAUGAGGACAACUACAAUACUUACGGUCAGCAAGACGGUCGCUACGCUGACAAUGCAGCCAACGAAGAGGAUGGGGCCUCCAGUGAUGCCACAGAGGGCCACGAUGAUGAAGACGAGAUUUACGAGGGGGAGUACCAAGGCGUUCCAGGCCACAGUGAUGGGAAGUUGCGGGACGGCCAGGUGGCUCUGGGCCAGCCGGUUUCUGACAGCCUAAAGAGCCGCAAGGAGCUGGAAAAUGAGAGACAGGCAGACGAGGAGGAGCUCGCCCAGCAGUAUGAGCUGAUCAUGCAGGAGUGUGGCCACGGAAGAUUCCAGUGGCAGCUGUUCUUUGUUCUUGGGUUGGCGCUCAUGUCAGAUGGCGUGGAGGUGUUCGUAGUGGGCUUUGUCCUACCCAGUGCUGAGACAGACAUGUGUGUCCCCAACUCUGGUGCUGGAUGGCUUGGUAGUAUUGUGUAUCUGGGGAUGAUGUUUGGAGCCUUCUUUUGGGGCGGUCUCUCAGACAAGGUGGGCCGCAGGCAGUGUUUGCUGAUAUCCAUGUCCUUCAAUGGCUUCUUCGCCUUCCUGUCCUCCUUUGUACAAGGCUACAGUAUGUUCCUCUUCUGCCGCAUGGUAUCUGGCUUUGGGAUUGGUGGAGCGGUACCAAUCGUAUUCUCGUACUUUGCGGAGGUGUUGGCUCGGGAGAAGAGAGGAGAGCAUCUGAGCUGGCUCUGCAUGUUCUGGAUGAUCGGAGGAAUUUACGCCUCAGCCAUGGCCUGGGCCAUCAUCCCACACUACGGUUGGAGCUUCAGCAUGGGUUCGGCCUACCAGUUCCACAGCUGGAGAGUGUUUGUGGUGGUGUGUGCGCUGCCGUGUGUCUCUGCAGUGGUGGCUCUCACUUUUAUGCCUGAGAGCCCCCGCUUUUUCCUGGAGAUGGGUAAACACGACGAGGCCUGGAUGGUGCUUAAACACAUCCACGACACCAACAUGCGUGCCCGCGGAGAGCCCGAGAGAGUCUUCACUGUGAACAGGAUAAAAAUCCCCAAACAACUGGACGAGCUUGUGGAGAUGCAGAAUGAGUCAGCCAACCCUGUACUCAAGGUCCUCUUCAAGAUCAAGGCUGAGCUCAGAGGAAUAUGGUUGACUUUUAUGAGAUGCUUCAACUACCCAGUGAGAGACAACACUAUAAAACUGGCUGCAGUCUGGUUUACUCUGUCUUUUGGGUACUACGGGCUGUCGGUGUGGUUCCCAGAUGUCAUUAAACACCUUCAGGCCGACGAGUACGCCUCUAGAGUGAAGAUCCACAACAACGAACGCAUUGAAGACUUCACCUUUAACUUUACCCUGGAGAACCAGAUCCACAGAAACGGAGUCUUUCUAAAUGACAGGUUCAUCAGUAUGAAGUUUAAGGCGGUCACAUUCAUCGACUCAUCUUUUCUCAACUGCUAUUUUGAAGAUGUCUCCUCCCUAGCAUCUUACUUCAAAAACUGUACCUUUGUAGACUCCUUCUUUUUCAACACGGAUAUCGACGACACCAAACUAACAAAUUCCCGAGUGAUCAACAGCUCCUUCCACCACAACAAGACAGGCUGUCAGAUGACGUACGAUGACGACUACAGUGCCUACUGGGUCUAUUUUGUCAACUUCCUGGGAACGCUGGCUGUGCUGCCUGGAAACAUCGUCUCUGCCCUCCUCAUGGACAAAAUAGGACGCCUCAGCAUGUUAGGAGGCUCCAUGGUGCUGUCAGGCAUCAGCUGCUUCUUCCUUUGGUUUGGCACCAGUGAGUCCAUGAUGAUCUUCAUGCUCUGUCUCUACAAUGGCCUUAGUAUCUCUGCCUGGAACUCCCUUGAUGUGGUCACCACUGAGCUGUACCCAACAGACAGGAGGGGUACAGGCUUUGGCUUCUGUAAUGCCAUGUGUAAGCUGGCAGCAGUGCUGGGCAACCUGAUCUUUGGCUCACUGGUUGGCAUCACCAAGGCAAUCCCCAUCCUGAUGGCAUCGUCUGUGUUGGUUGGCGGCGGCCUGGUGGGGCUCCGACUGCCAGACACACGUGCCAAUGUCCUCAUGUAAACCUCAACACAGAACAGCGUGUUGUUUACCAGGUGUUUACUCACUUCACUGAAUAACCACUCACUUAUGGACUAUGAUUUAUUAGGUUAUCACUGAAACUAGCACAGCAUUCAUCCCACUUGUAUUUAUUAUUUGAUUAAUAAUUUGAUUGUGUACUUACACAGUACAGGACAAGUUAUUGUUAUUCUGUUAUGUAUGAGUAAAGUACCUGGUAAAUAACAAAGGAUAAUAAAAUGCAGUUUAAUUUAACAAUGAGCUGUAGAUAUAAAGACUUUAAGGGUAACUUAGGUAUUUUUCAACCUGGACCCUAUUUUCUAUGUUUUUGUGUCAAAGUGAUUAAUGGGAACAACAAUGACUUUUUGCCACUGACAGGCUCAGAUUGUUAUUGUAAGUGUCUGACAACCUUAUGGCAAGGACAGCGCUGAAAUGACCAUCCCCAAAACCCACCAGACUUUAUUUAAACAAACAGUAAUUUUAUCAUGGUAAAACACACUUCGUUCAUAGUCAACAGACACAAAAUAAAACUCACAUAAACCAUCUUGAUUCGUCUCUCCACUGCCAAUCACCAUCUCUGCUUUGGUUGAAAUAAACCCUUAAUUCAACAACUGGAUGUGAAAAUAUGCUGGCUACAUAUGCACUAAAAUCGGAUCUUACUUUUUAACAAAAAGGUUGAUCUCUGUAGAAUAAUUUCCAUAAUGUCAGACACUUAGAAUAACAACCAGAGCCUGUCAGUGGUUAAAACAACAACAACAACAACAACAACAACAAAAAACGGCACUUUUAGUGGACAUAAAUUAAUGGUGCACAGAUGCCCUGAGUGGUUACAUUGCAGCCUGUUUGCACUGCUUUCUGCAGCACUCUUGCUCAACACUGGAACAAUUUCAAAAAUUGAAUAUUCUCAUUAGUCAUUUCGACGUAGUAACAUUGGAAAAUAGCGUCCAGGUUGAAAAAUACUGAACCUAACCUUUAAGACUACAAUCGAGGGUGAGGAAUUUACCAAAUGUUGGUGGCUGGUUGCCAAAGCCCUGGGCAUUCCUGCAGGAACUGGGAGGCUACUGUUCAGAAACAAGUAUGAAUUAUCAGUGGUGAUAGAAUUCUGUAUAUCAGCAGCUCAUUAGCUGUUUCACACAUGCAACCCACACAUGCAUGUGUCAAAGCUGCAAAAGGCUUGGACCUCCCACAACCUCCCCCUCCAAAUCCUGCCCAGUCUCACUCAGAUUAAAGGGAUAGAGUGAUAUUUUUGGAAAUAACUUAUUCAGAGCUAAAAAGCCAAAACUAGCAGCUGCUUAGCUUAGCUUAGCUUAGCUGAAAGACUAGAAGCAGGUGAAAAGAGCCUUGCCCUGUCGACAGGUACAGUAGCAAAGUCUGCCCACCAGCACCUUUAAAACUCACUAAUUAACGUGUUGUAGCUUGUUUGUUUCAUCCUUUGCAAAAAUGGAAGCAUAGAAAUAAAAAGCAGUGGUUUUAAAGGGGAUUGUGAGCCAGACUGUUUCAUGGUCAGGUGCAGAGCCAGGUUAGCUGUCUGGCUCUGCUUCCAGUCUUUAUGCUAAGCUUAGCUAAGUGGCUGCUAGCAGUAGCGUUAUGUUUAACAUACAGAUAUGAGAGUGGUAUCAAUGUUUUCAUCUUACUCUCAGCAAGGAAGUGUGUAUAGUUCAACAAAAUGUCAAGCUAUUCCUUUAAGUAUAAGUAAUUAUGUGUUUAUUACAUGUUUAUUUAUAUAUUAAGUAAUUUUGUGUGUAAUUUAUUGCUUCACAAGUUCAUGUUUGAAGGCCAAAUGUCGAAGGUGCUUUUGACUUUUGUUACCUGUGAUCAGUAUUCCAAUAAUGGUUGACGACGUUCAAGCCUUUUGCCACAAUUUGCAAGAAUGACAAGGCCAUAAGAAAAAAAAAAUAAACAAAAAAUCAAUAAACUAGUUUAGUCAAUACCGGCAACUUCAGCAGCUACAUUUCUAAAGUGAAAAGAAGUUUACAUUUUCUGCUUUUUACAGUAAGAGACUUUUGAGAUUGGAAACCUUUUGUCUGAAUGCUUUCUCUCUGCCUCUCUCGUGUCUGUGUUGUGUUCGUCUCGUUGCGCUGAGCUCGCCACGAAGGGUUCCGCUCUCCGUUUGCAGUCCGACCUUGUCAAGAAGAAUUUAUACUCUGCUGUUAUUAUCUGCUCUUCUCCUUGUUUUUUUCCCCUCUCUAUCUGUCUCACCAUCUUUCCUCAUAGUGUUUCUCAUCCAGUCUUGUCCUCUUGCUCUGUUUAUCUCUUUCUGCCUUGCUGCUGCUCCCUCCAAAAACUCAAAGGCCUUUCUCAAAUGUCGUGCCUCUCUCCAUUGAGCCCGUCUCUCCUUCCAAACCUUUGCUGGAAGCUUUGCUGCUCUCUCCUGCUUUUUUUUGUGUGUCUCAUUUCUACUGCAGUGUGUGUGUGUGUGUGUGUGUGUGUGUGUGUGUGUGAGUCCAGACAAACCCUAAUAAGUUCCUGUGACCAUCAUAUGUAGAAAGCCAUGUCUUUUUUGUUUUGUUUUCUAUACCAGGGAGCUGGGUGUUUUUGGAGGAUUUGAACCACAUGAUUAAGUGAAAUUAAAAGCCAUGCUUAAAGGAUCAGUUCACCCAAAUUCCAAAAAAACAUACUUAAUAGCUAUACAAUAAUAAAUAAUAAAUGUGGACCUUAUGAGGUCACCAAAGUCAGUAGAAUUCAUCGUCUGGGGACCCUGACUGUACCAUGAGUUGUUGUUGAGAUAUUUCAGUCUGAACUGAGACAUAAAGUUUUCUCAUAUGAACUCCAGACAUUGCCCAGAGUUUGCAUUUCACACAUGUAACACACAACAGGAGAUUGUGUCAGAAGUGUUCUCACCUACUGGAAAAACUCUGUAUGGUUUAGGCGAAGGAUGCCGCUGGGGUAGAGUAUGCAAGAGAAAAGACAUGACGCGGAUUACACCGCCAUCACGUAGCUGGUUUAUCUGAAACAUCAUCAACAUGCCUAUUCACUCACUGUGAAUUCUCCGGACAAUAACCUGCUUUAUUCACACAUUAAAUGUCUGAUUCAACUGAUUUGGACAUUUGCUUUCUUACAUACAGCUUCUCCGAGUAAUGUCUAGAUAAUUUCAGGUUUGCAGCGCUUGUGUAAAAGGAGCUUAUCUUUCUCACAUUAGUAUCCUGGUCAUUUUGGGUAAUCCACAGAGCACACUGUCCAUCCAGAGUUACUGGUGUUGUUUCUGACACAAACUCUUAACACUGCAUUACAAGGUGACUGGCACCAAAUGUGUUAAAAUUCUAUGUCAGCAAUAAGGAAACAAUGCCAAUGCAAAGUCAAUGAGAAUCUUUUAUUGAGGUGGACAUACAAGUUAAGUAAGAGCACAGAAGUCCAUGUAGGGUGAGUGGGAGUGGUGAAUGGGUUCAACAAGUUUCAAGCAGGACACUGCUGUUCAUGUCUUAGCUAAAAGUCAGUAUAGUUAGGUGACUUUAUGGACUUUACAUAACUGUACAAAGUACUACAUGGAGGUACUUUAAGGAACUAUGCAAAGUAUGCAAGUUUAUGUGACUUAGGUCCCAUACCUAGUUAUUUUUCCCCAACCUACAAUCUUUUCCUAAACUUAAAGAUGCAGGAUUGUCAGUUACUGUUUGCAGACACGUUCGCCAGCAAAAGUGAAAGUAAUGCCCAACCACAUUCACCUGACACCUGGUCCUACCGAGCCCUAACCUCACCUGAGCGCUGUGGGGGUACCAACCCAUUAACUUCACAAACACAGAAAAUAAGAGGAAAGUAAGAAGAUCCAUGCAGAAGGCAGAGUCUCUGCAGAUAAAUACACCACCACCACACACUGAGAGGAGGUCAUAAGUGAUGAUAAAGAUAGAUUACUUUUGUAUGAGUCGAUACAUUAAUUUUUUUUUUUAGAAAAAUCUUGCAUAGUACACCUUUAACCAAGUACUUUUUUGUUCUCUAAACUGGAACUGUUUCACAGCAUUAUCUCUUUCAAAUAGCGUAUUCGGUUUGACCCCCGACAUUUCCUGACCAAGUAACGCGCUGUUAGAGGUUGUCACCAUUUCAGGAAUCUCUGUGAGACUGUUGCCUUAUCUGUAAAGAGAAUAUAAAACUCAAUAUCUUAUAUAAAUAUAAGAUAAUAUGUCAACAAUAAGUCAAGACAACACUACUGUAGGUUAUCAGUCAGAUAGGCCUGUGUGCACAGUGGCAUCAUGGGAAGAUCCGUCUCCUGCAGACAUCCUGUCUACUACUGGUGUUUCUCCUCCAGUUGUCGGCACCUCUCCUUCUCUUCCCUCUACCUCAGCACACGGUCCUCUAUCCUCCUCUACAGCAGCAGAGGGCUCUCUUACAGGCUCGUGGUCUCCUCCAGCUGCCUGUUCAUUCCUCUUUAUCAGCACACAGCCAAGAUCACAAUGCUAUGGCUAAUUGAAUUGUGAUUUGUGGCAUUAAAAAACGCAAUAUGAUUUGUUGCUCUACAGUGUGCUGAUCAUCGUAGCUAUGCGCAGGAAACCUCUGUGACUUCCCUGGCUUAUGUCUUGUUAGGCCCUGGGACUUUAGCUCCAGUAUGGUCGUACACCCUUCUCCAUUGUAAUGAGGUGGAGGCAGAAAUCUUAGAGAAGGUUAACUGGUCAGAUAAAAUAAUAAUAAUAAUAAUCAGUUUGGCUUGACACCUCUUGAGAUAAAUAAGAAAAUAUGUGCUUUUGUGAUUUGGGUGAACACUCCCUUUAAAACCUCAAAUGAAUGGAACUAUUGCUGCUACAAUGUUAAAAUGCAUUAGGUAAUUUGUAAAAAUAAAAACAUGUUCUGAGUUUGUUUAAUCACACAAAAAAGUCAGAUAAGUGAAAAGUACAGUACUGUUAUAUUCAGUUAUGUUGGAGUCAGUUAUAUGAUGAUGAUAUUUAGUGUCAACAUAGAGUAUGUGAUGUUAUGUUGCCAUAUUUCUUAUUCUAGAAAGCAAAUUUGUGACCUAGGACAUGCAGCUUUUUCCUUUUUUUUUGGACUGAAAUGCAACUGUUUCAAGAUCUGGUUUCCUGAUGUUUAAUGCUUUAUCUGCAUUUGUCUGCUCAUCCACAUCGUCUCCUCCACCUGUGCUGAACAAAGUCACUGUUUCCAAAAAGAAAUCCUGCAUGUUUGUUACUGAAGUGCUUCUGUUGUGUGUGCUUUUUCCAUUUUGGUGUCUUUGCUGUUCCUCCGCGGGGGAGAACAGACAUGUGAUUCCCGGGUCAAAGGUGAAUGUAUCAUUCUUGUGCGUCGUCAUGUUCGUUGUGGACAGGUGUUCAUUAUCAGUUGACUUCUGGGUCAUUGUGAAAGGGCAUGCUAGUGGUGAGAUGACUGUAUGUACUACAAAGUGUUAACCAGCAGGGGUGGUCAAAUCUGCUCUCUGGGAAGGUUUCCAGUGAGAUUCAUUACUAUCAUAAAGUCAGUGAAGCAGGAAUGAAAUUGAGUUGUGACUUUCAGAUUUGAAAACCUCUGCUGACAAACACAAUGUGGAGGUGUGUGUAAAAACUGUUACCUGUCCUUGAUAUGAUUUAUUUUGAUAAGAAAAGGAUCAAGUGGAUGCAGUGUAAAGGUGGAUUCCUCUGGUGUCUACAUAUUGAAUAAAGAGUUUCAUUUGAACAGC